UGUCAAUGUUGACUACUUCCAAGUCCCUCCAGAAACCUCCAGUUGGUUAUGCUGGCUCUUCACCACUGGAAACCACUACACGUGUGAUACGCAAAGCCGUUUUGACCCUCUUCUUUCCUCUGCACGAGUAGCUCCAGUCAAUACCUCUCAUUGCAGCUGCCGAUACACCGACGACGUCGGAUUAGCUAGCCAUCAUGUUCCGCUUCGACCCCAGUGAAGGCGACAUGUAUCAGUUCGCCCGAGGCGGCCGGAGGCCCGUCGUCCAGCGCUUCGACGAAUACUACCGAUGCUAUCCUAUGGCUUUUGCCCCGGGCCCCGAGCGACCUGAGCUCAACUACGGCUCCAAGAUCUUUCUCCCUCCAUCGGCUCUAGACAAGGUCUCAAAGCUGCACGUGCAGUGGCCGCUGCUCAUGGAAAUCAUAAAUGGCGAAAAGGGGAAGCACUCACAUGCUGGCGUGCUAGAAUUUGUUGCUGAGGAGGGAAAAGCUUACCUGCCACACUGGCAGAUGAUGCAAACCUUAGGUCUCGAUGUUGGCGACCUCAUCCAGGUCAAGACCACGUCUCUCGAGCUCGCCCGACAUGUGAAGCUUCAGCCGCAAUCUGUCAACUUCCUUGACAUCAGCGACCCCAAGGCCGUGCUAGAGAAAGCGUUCAGGAACUUUGCCACGUUGACCAAGGGAGACGUCUUCAACUUCGAAUACAAUGACGAGAUCUACGACGUAGCCGUGUUGGAAGUCAAACCCGAAACGGAGAAGAUGGGUGUCAGCAUGAUUGAGACGGACGUCGAAGUCGACUUUGGCCCGCCGGUAGGCUAUGUCGAGCCAGAACGGCAACCUCGUGGUAGCGGCACCAGCACGCCGCGGAGCGGUCGCGGCAACCUUCCAGCGGGCGGCUUGCUUCACAACCAGGGGACCAUGGCGCAGUCCAUCAACUAUACUGCCAUAGCACCAUCAGCAACGACAUCCAUCUCCAACUUCUACGGAGAGGGCCAGCGGCUUAAGCCUCAGAAGGGAAGUAAGACGGCCACGCCACAAGCCGCGACGCCCGUGUCGGGCGUCUCAGCCAACCCGCCUGCCUCAGUUCCGCUCCCGCGUAGGACCAACGGUCCCAUGCCACUGCGCCUACCCCCGAACAAGCUUUUCUUAGGCUACGAGAUCAAGCCGGUCAAGACUGCAGAGGACAAGGAGCGGGAGAAAGAGAACGCGAACCGUCCGCACUUUGCCGGGCAGGGUCAGACACUCCGCGGCGCUGUGAAGAGGAAAGGCGAUUCGGAGAACAAGUCCCCAGCCCCCGGAAAGAAGAGCCCCAGCGAAGGACGAAGACUGGACGGCAAAUGA